AUGGUAUUUAUUUCGCUUAGUACGUACUUUGUCCGUGUGAGAGCCAUUCUAUUUGGUGCCUAUUGCCAGGAUAUCCGAUAUACAGAAGAUUCAGUCGCCGCUGUUGAUGAGCCGGAGGGCGAUCUUGAUCUUUUAGCCAAGUCUCUUGAGGCUAUGAACGCGGAGCCAGACGAGAGUAAAGAGGAGCGCACCGGUGGUUCUGGUCAUAUCGGCAAGAUGGUCUUCUCUUGUGACAACGAGACACUCUGUGCCAUUGCGUAUAUUCCCGAAUCGCUGAAGGGACAGGUCGAUGCGGCGAACUGGUUAAAGACCAUUCUGGCUCCCUACAAUGGCAUGCUCGUCAAGACCAGUCCAGUUUUCUCCACGGGAACGAUCGCCGUUCACCCUGAGAAUGGUAAGUCCUCCCGUGAGGUGCGCGCCGAAGCCUGUCACUCGGCCGUCAAGUACCUGCAACAGAAGGGUGUCUACCCCGAAGUCGACGCCGACUCCGACGACGAGAGUACUGGGUUUGAGGCUGCGCAGGCGGAGGCGCUAGAUAACUUGUAA